AUGGUGUAUCUUCGCCGCAUAUUUAAGCUUUUCCAACGUCCCUUUGCGUCCAUGCGUGUCCUCAAUGUAGCCGAAAAGAACGAAGCAGCGAAGAAUAUUGCUGCGAUUCUUGGUCGGGGUCGUACGACUCGACGAGAAGGUUUUUCCAAGUUUAAUAAAAUCUAUGAAUUUCCAAUGACGCUCAACGGCGCAAGCUGUUCCUUCGUGAUGACUUCAGUUUCUGGUCACCUUCUCAACUAUGAGUUUUCACAGUGCUUUCGCUCUUGGUACCUCGGUUUGAAAGCUUAUCUUAUUUUCAGGGAAUCUUGCAACCCCUUGGCCCUCUUUGAUGCCCCCAUCGAAAAGAAAUGCACAGCGGAGUACGAACCAAUCAGGCGAACCCUAGAACGCGAAAUCAAAAACUGUUCCCAUCUCAUAAUCUGGACGGAUUGCGAUCGCGAAGGUGAAAACAUCGGCAUGGAAGUUGUCGAAGUCUGCCAACUUUCUCGAGCUCGCUUCUCCGAAAUCACACCAGUUGCCAUCACCCGUGCCAUCAACAAUUUGACCACCCUCGAUGAACACGUGAGUCAAGCAGUCGACGCACGUCAAGAACUCGACCUUCGCAUUGGUGCUGCUUUCACUCGCUUUCAAACCCUUCGUCUGAAACGUGUCUUCCCUCGAGCUCUUGCCGAUCAACUCAUCUCCUAUGGAUCCUGUCAAUUUCCAACCCUCGGUUUUGUGGUUGAACGCUUUCGCGAGGUGGAAAGUUUUAUCCCAGAGCCCUUCUGGAAGAUUACUGCUGAGGUAAUGAGAGAGGGAGGAGACUCUCGAGCUACUUUCCAGUGGAAGAGAGGCCGUCUUUUUGACCAAGCCUGCUGUGCCGCUUAUCACGAGCACUUGUUAGAGAACCCCAUCGGGAAAAUUAUUCAUGUAGAACGAAAACCAAAAUCGAAGUGGAGACCUCUGCCAAUGGACACGGUAGAGAUGGAGAAGCUGGCUUCACGUAAACUGCGGAUUGGCGCUAAGGAAACCAUGCAAUUGGCAGAGUCAUUGUACACCAAAGGGUAUGUUUCCUAUCCUCGAACGGAAACGAAUUCAUUUCCAAAGGAGUUGGAUCUAAAACCGCUGGUGGAGGCCCAAAUACAGGACAGUCGGUGGUCAGAUUUUGCGCACAAAUUACUGGCUGUCGGAUUAAAGCCAAGGAAUGGAAGAAAAUCGGACCAGGCGCAUCCUCCCAUUCAUCCCUUGAAGGCUGGGACCAACCUUCAAGGUAAUGAGGCGCGUCUGUACGAACUCAUCACACGUCACUUCCUCGCCUGUCUCUCAGACGACGCUAAGGGUGCAGAGACCACGGUGCGCCUGAUGUUAGGCUCAGCGGAUUCUACCGCCGCAUCGUCGUUGGAUACAGGUGAAGUGUUUGAGGCACGAGGACUGGUCAUCCACAGUCGGAACUACUUGGAGGUGUACCAUCCCUACGAGAGUUGGAGUGAACGAUACAUGCCUGCUUUUAAGUUGGGAGAGCUCGUCACUCCAGACAAGAUCGAGAGAAUGGUAAAAAAAAUACAUAGAGGAAGAAAGAACCUGCUUAAAAUUUACUCAAAGUUAAGCCAACGAUUGUUCAAUUCUGUAAAAACUGUGGCUAUUUACUUCCUCCAGAUGAUUGAAGGCACUACAACGGCACCAAGUCUCCUAACUGAAGCGGAUCUGAUCGCCUUGAUGGACAAAUAUGGCAUUGGAACUGAUGCCACGCACGCGGAGCACAUUGAGACUAUCAAAAAACGCAUGUAUGUCGCUCUGCAAGACACCAAGUUCCUGGCGCCUAGUCAACUCGGCAUAGGACUUGUGGAAGGUUACGAUUCAAUGGAUCUAGCAGUUGCAAAGCCCUACUUACGCGCAGAUCUAGAGGUCGACUUAAAGGCAAUAUGCGAAGGCCGAAAGACAAAAGAAGAGGUUCUGCAAACCCAGUUGGCCAAGUACAAAUCUGCUUACGAGAUGGUUGUCCGGGAGGCGCGAAAAUUGGACAUGGCGAUUGGCAAGCAUCUUGCUCAGGAGGCAGAGAACAUUCCAGGUAUGCCUCGAUUAAGGAAAAAAAUUACAGUUAAACUUUUAGAAUCCACAAAUAACCCCACUGAAAGCAGGAGAACAGAAGCUUACCAGAAACUCUGUUCCUGUCCUUCCUGUGGAAAGGACGUCGUAGUUCGUCAAAAGGGUCCACAAGAUCCUAUCGACUCUGGUGUCAGCACUCAGUCCUCGGCGAAUCGGCCGCGGUGGUUCUUCUCAUGCACUGGGUUCCCUGACUGCAAGUUUGCCAUCUGGCUGCCCGAUGGGGUGACUGCUGCUCGCGUUGUCACGACAAUAGGACAGGGAGUGACGGGGACUCUUCCCUCGGUGCCUUGCAAGUCAGUUGAUGGUGCCAGUUGUUUUGGCCGUGGCAAGCUUGUUGGUCUCAAAUUUCGACUUGGUACGGUGUUGCCGUGUGGAUAUGUGCAGGAGGAUCCCGACAUGGAAUACGUAACUUGCCUCUUCUGUGACGAGGAAUUUCGAAUGGCUUUCGGCAUUCGCAUCGCCUCGGUUACCACAACUCCCCCUGCCCUCUGUUCGACGCUCGCCGGGCAGCAACGACCGGUUUCUUCCGUCAUUCCUCGCCAACCCAAUCGUGGCUUUUUAACAGCUGCGUCAUCGGCACAGCAUUCUAGCCUUCCACCAGCACUGCCCUCUCUCCGUCAUUCAUUCGCCUUCCUCCCAUCUUCUUCGUUCAAUGCAAAUGACUUCCAAGGUAAUGACGGUCAUGGUGUCGAUGAGAGCAACCCCGUCGUGUGCAGUUGUGGGAUCCCAGCUCGUCUCCUCACCGUUCGCAAGGCUGGUCCCAACCAAGGUAAAAAAUUCUACAAGUGUGGCGAUAUCUCCAAUGUGUGCAACUUCUUCCUUUGGCAGGACUCUUCAGCUGGGAGACGGACAGUGAAUCAGGCGACAGCCAACCGUGGUCGUCAGUUCCUCGUCUGUCCGAACAGUGCACCCGGUGGUGGCAGUGGCUGUCACUUCUUCCAAUGGGCAGACACUGCUCCCACUGGUGCUGCCGGCCGACCUUCCUCCUGUUCUCGUGGUCCUCGCACUGGCAUCAGCACUCCCUCAUUUGCUGAUCAGGAUGAGAGUUGGCCGCCCACAACUCCACUAGGUGGUGCUGGCUCCAGAAGUCGUCGUAAUCACAGCACUGGUGGCGGCGGUGGCGGUGUUCGCAAAUGCAGCAUUUGCCACCUUCCCGGUCACACGCGCAAUCGGUGUCCUUCGGUCCCACAGGAGUAG